CUUUAAAGUGUAGAAUUUCCUUUUGCCACACCGUUAUCAUUCCCGAAAAUGGCGACUUUAGCAGCUGCUGCUGUUGUUGCUGCCGCUGGCAGAGAUCCCGCUGUUGACCGUUCAUUGCGCUCUGUCUUUGUGGGAAACAUUCCAUAUGAGGCCACAGAGGAGCAACUGAAAGACAUUUUUUCAGAAGUCGGUCUCGUUGUCAGCUUUCGGUUGGUGUAUGAUAGGGAGACAGGCAAGCCGAAGGGAUAUGGCUUCUGUGAGUAUCAGGACCAGGAGACGGCCCUCAGUGCCAUGCGGAACCUGAACGGAAGAGAGUUCAGCGGCCGGGCUCUCCGUGUCGACAAUGCUGCUAGUGAGAAAAACAAAGAGGAGCUCAAGAGUUUGGGGACAGGAGCCCCCAUUAUUGAGUCUCCCUACGGGGACAACAUCAUGCCAGACGAGGCUCCAGAGUCUAUUAGCAGAGCUGUGGCCAGUUUGCCCCCAGAGCAGAUGUUUGAGCUCAUGAAACAGAUGAAGCUGUGUGUGCAAAACAGUCCCCAGGAGGCCAGGAACAUGCUGUUGCAGAACCCCCAGCUGGCCUUUGCUUUGCUGCAGGCCCAGGUUGUCAUGAGGAUCGUAGACCCUGAGAUUGCCCUGAAAAUGCUUCACCGUCAAACCCCAGUGCAGCCAUUGGUUCCCAACAGUCAAGCUGGGCCAGUGCCAGUGGCCAACCAGCCUAUUCCCCCAGCCAAUGCUCCAGUCUCCCAGUCACAGCCCAUGCCGGGCAUGCACAUGAACGGAGCUCCUCAGAUGAUGCAGCCCCCUCCCAUGGGUGGGGGACCUGGGCCCAUGCCAGGACAGGGACCAGUGGGACCACCAGGACCAGGUGGUAUCCCUCCCAGAGGCCUGCUUGGUGAUGGCCCCAACGACCCCAGAGGAGGAACCCUGCUCUCUGUCACAGGAGAGGUCAUCGAACCCAGUCGAGGAGGAGGCUUCAUCGGGGCCCCCCCACCACACCAGGGGCCCCCCAUGCACAUGAACCAGAUGGCUGGAGGGCCUCCUCUGGACAUGAGGCCGCCCCAUGACAUGAGAGGACCCCCCAUGGGUGAACCCAGGGGCAUGAUGGGAGAGCCCCGGGGACCCCCCAUGGGUGAACCAAGGGGCAUGAUGGGAGAGCCCCGGGGACCCCCCAUGGGUGAACCCAGGGGCAUGAUGGGAGAGCCCCGGGGACCCCCCAUGGGUGAACCCAGGGGCAUGAUGGGAGAGCCCCGGGGACCCCCCAUGGGUGAAUCCAGGGGCAUGAUGGGAGAGCCCCGGGGACCCCCCAUGGGUGAAUCCAGGGGCAUGAUGGGAGAGCCCCGGGGACCCCCCAUGGGUGAACCCAGGGGCAUGAUGGGAGAGCCCCGGGGACCCCCCAUGAUGGAACAGCGGGGACCCCCCAUGAUGGAGCCCAGGGGACCCCCCAUGGAGAACAGAGGUCGGGACCCCCGAGCGGUGGACCCCCGUGGACCAGUGUCGGGCCAGAGGGUUCCCACUGCACAAGGAAUGCAGGGCCCCUCUCCUCACUCCAUGAAUACUAAUGCCCCUCCACCUGCCAGACCGGGUCCUGGUGUACCACAGUCCGGAGGUAGCUUCAGCCCAGGGCAAAGCCAGGUGACCUCACAGGACCAUGAGAAGGCCGCCUUGAUCAUGCAAGUGCUGCAGCUGACCCCAGAACAGAUCGCCAUGCUGCCCCCAGAACAGAGACAGAGCAUUCUCGUCCUCAAAGAGCAGAUCCUGAAGACCACCGGGGCACCCUGAAUACCCCCACACCCAUAGGCUCAAGCGGUCCGUCUUCUCAGUGGAGAUGUCAGCAUGUUUUGCAUUGUGGCUCAGUUGUGGAACACCCUCUAAUGAAUCUACACAUGAUCUCCCUGGAGAAUACUGACCCUUCCUGGUUGUGUUUUCAAGACUGUCACAGGACCCCGACACCCCUGCCCCCUGUAACCUCGACGUUGGAUUGAUCAGCACACGUCACCUCACUUCAAACAUUUUGGAGAUUGUUUUGUAUUAUAUGGUCUUUUUUUUUAAAUUGAAAUUUAAAGUGUUAGUGAUUUGAAGAAUGUCUGUUAUUCUUUUGAAGGGGAACACUUCAUAGUCAGUUCAACUGAGAGAAGCGUUGCUGGAUGUUACGUGAUGCCCAACCCUUUUCAUUUUGUGGCUGGAACCUGUUGCCUGUCUGGAUAUUUGUUCAAUUAAAUAAACAUUUCAAUAGAAACUGUU